CAUGCUCCAAGACUCCUCGCCCAGUGCUCAACGAAACCUGAUGGCGGAGGACAGCUCGGACGACGUCGAGCGCACCUCGCUGACCGCAGGCAAGAUUCCCGACGUUGCGUCCGCCGGCCCGUUCAAGCGGCCCGGGGUCCUCAUCUCAGCAGUCGGCACUCAUGUUGCUGCCGUGGCGCUCUUGGCGAUGAUGUGGCACACGCUGAAGAAGGCCCUCUCUCCCGAGGCACCGCUGCUGACGUGGCGGACCUUCCCUCUCCACCCCUUCCUCAUGACGCUCGCCUUUGGCUUCCUGUCGCCCGUCGCCGCGGCGGCGUGGCGGUCGUACGAGCACCUGCUCGGCUUCACCCACCGCCAGGUCAAGGUCUUCCACGGAGUGCUGAUGGGAGUCGCGGCGCUGACGGGCCUGCUCGGCGUCAUCGACAUGUGGCUCGUCCACGAGGACGGCGCAGCGGCACAGGUGGCGAAGGGGUGGGCGGUCCACUUCCAGUCGGCGCACUCAUGGGUCGGGAUCGUCGCGCUCGCUCUCUUCCUCCUCCAGGCGACGGGGGGUGCCGCCGCCUUUGCUCUCCCCCUCGUGCCUCCUGCCAAGCGUGCGGCGCUGCUCGCGCCCCACCGCUGGCUCGGCGCGGCGGCGGCACAGCAGGCUGCCUUUGUCGCUCUCAUCACGGGCAUCCUCUCCCUCGCCGGCCGCGGCGACAACGUCAAGGAGAGCGACGUGGGGUACAAGGCCGCGGCGGUGGUUGCCCUCCUCCUCUCCCUCCUCCUCGGCCUCUUGCUGCAGCGCUAGCGCGGCGGCGCCAGCCCGGCGGCCGGGGCUGGGCUGGCGCAGCGUGGAGGGCUCGGCCUUUGCGGUCUCGGUAGCCGGCGGUCUCGUCGCCGGCGGAUGGGCGGCGGCGGUGGCGGUGCGGCGGCGUGGCGGUGG